GAACUUCUAGGUUUUGGAAAAAUGGAGGUCGUAGCUCGAUCGAAAUCAGAAUCAGUCUUGUAUAAGAAGAUCUAAAUCGCGUGUCUUUCUUGUGAGAGAACUCAUUUUUAACAGACAUUAUUGCUUCUUAAUAAUUUGUUUUCUUCAUAACUUCAAAAUCUGAAAAGUAAAAAUCGAUUUUUACGCAGUAAAAUGCAGGAGAGACGUUCUUAUGAGAUAAUACGUUGGAUGUGCGAUAUUUAUGGAAAAUGAAAUAUGAAAGCAAAGACCAAAAGUAAAAAACCUAAUGGGAAAUUUGGAAAAGUUAAAUUCCCUCCAACAGAAGUUACCACUAUAAAUCCAGAUUUAUCUCAACUAAGUCAACCAAUUGAUACAAGCGUUUCAAAUCUGUAUCGUGCAACCAAAAUUUUAGAAAGCGGCAGCGAAGAAAUUAAAUCUAUUUUGACAUAUGAAUGUGAUCUGGUAUACGAAUGUCGUAUAUGCAGAAGUUUAUUUAGAAGUUUGGUUAAUUUCAUCUCGCAUAAACGUAUUUACUGUAAAGAAAAAUUUGAUGUCACAUUUACUAAGAAUUCUUUCAAUGAUUAUACUACAGCUUUUACAAGUGAAUCAAAUAAUAAGAAACCAGAGAAAUUGCUUCAAGAGGUUUGUGGAAAUGAUAGAAUCUUGAGAAGUCAAGUUUUUAAAAAAGAAGAAAAAAAGGAUCUCACUUCUGUUGUUAAUAUGUUACAGAAAAAACAAACAGAAAAUUUACGAAGUAACACAGAAUGGAUCUGUUUGGAAACUGUGCAGUCAAAUUCAUCAGCAGUUUAUCAAACUGUUGAGUCAAUAGUUUCAAAUCAAGAUCAUAGAGAUUUAAUGAAAGCACAGGUAACAGAGCUAACAGAUAUGAUAAGUGGACAAACUGCAGUGUUAAAUUCAAAUGGACACCUUGUACAGUCUAUCGAAGAGUCAAACAGUAACAGCAGGACUGAAAGCAGUAGUGCAGAAGGAAUUAGUAAAACUCCUGAAGUUUGUACUAUAUGCAAUGCGAGGUUUUCAACAAAGAAAACGUUAGCUGUUCAUACAAAGACAUUGCAUACAUCUCACAGGUUAUGUUUUCCCUGCCCAUUUUGUUCUGCUACAUUUGCAAAUACUUGGAGUGUUUAUCGACAUCUCUUUAAAACUCAUAGGAAAACCAGUGAAGAAGUACGGAAACUUAGGUCACAGAUUCAGGAAAAAGCAUACAUGAAGGAUACGACUGUUGCCGAGGAUUUACAAAAAGAAGAUGCCAACAAAACUUUAACGAACGAUGCAUUAAGAAUUAAUGAAACUCAGGAAUGGAUGGAUCACUUAGAAUCUGAUGCAGAAUUGCAAAGAUGCGGUGGUUGUGGAAAAAGAUUUGAUAGGAAGGCAGCCUUGUCCGCUCAUUCACAGUAUUGCCAUAGGCGUGUUGCAGCCUGUGAAAGCACAAAUAAAGUAAAAAGAGUGAAUAAAAUUUCACCAGAUUCUAUUCCAAAGGAAAAUAUAAUUAUUAAUCCAGAAAUUCAGAAGAAUUUGAAUGCAGAAAAUUGUUCUAUUUCGGCUGAAAUUAAUCAUAGUAACGAAACACCUAUUCGCGUAGAAUCCGUUGCAACAUUAAGUAAAGAAGAUUGGGAAAUGUUAGAUACUGAAAAAUUAAGUUCUCAAAAUGAACCGAACAAAGAAAUUGCGGCAGUUUAUACAAAUGGAGUAGUAAAAACUACGGAGAAAAGCAACGUUCCUUCUACAAGUGAUAUUUCUGAUCCUAUAGAGAUUGUGUAUACUAAUAUAAAUAAACCAAAAAUCAAUGUUGGAAGUAGAAAAAGAAAAGGCAAGGAUAGUCCAAAAAGAUUAAGUAACAGUCCAGCAAAUGUUACAAGAAACAUAUCUUUGGAUAUAAAUACUGAACAAGCUGCAGAAAUGAAAAACGUGGAUAACGUAUUAUUAAUGGAAGAAAAAGUGGCUUCGAUAAUAAAUCUUCCAAAACUUCAGUGCCUUAAGUGUAAACGAAAAUUCAUGUCAGCAACUAAUUUAAGAAGACAUGCUGCCAUUCAUAUUGGUUGGAACCGUUAUCGAUGUAAACUUUGCAAUUUUAAAUGUUUCGUCAAGUGCGAUUGUGUAGCACAUUGUAAUAAAAUGCAUAACGCUCAGAACAAUCGUGUUAUCAUAGAAGAUAUGAUAGGUCUAAUCCCAGAGAAUCAAUCUAUACGUGAUCAAACUAUUAUGGUGGAUAUAACAAACUUAGAAAAGGAGUCCAGUACUCCGGAAGUUAUAGAAGAACGUGUAGAAUCAGAAGUUCAAGUCGAAGAAAAAACUAAAGAAAAAGAAAAGGAGGAAGACAAAAAAAUAACAAACACAGAUUCGACAAUGCAUCAAGAAAUAGUUCACAUAAAUGGAGAAUCUCAACAAGAGGCAUCAACUAUUAAUACUAAGGAACAAAAUAAUCUAUUGGAUCCUGAUGUUAGAAAAAUGGUAAUGGAAGUUAUAUUUGGGCCACCUGAAAUGGAUUCUACGAAACAAGUAGACAAAAAAGAAGAGCUAGAAAGUAUAAAAGAUAAUGAAACAGCACAAUCGAGCUGUUCCGAUUUAAAAGAAGGCGACAAUAUGUCUAUGCAAAAUCAUUCAAAACCGCAACGUCCUAUUCGCAAUAAAAUAAAACCUUUAAACAAGGAUUUUAUUUAUGAUUUAAAAGAUGUAACGUUUCGAAAGGACUCUUUACUUAUAAAACCUUUUAGUAAAACAUUGGGUAAAAAGCCGCUGGUACUGGAUGAAGACGGUUUGGACGUAGAACAAGCGUCCAAACGUUUUAAAUCUAUACAAAAUGCUAAAAUAUCAAUUCUUUGUGAGAACAGCGUUAUAGACAAAUGCGAUAUUAAGCUUAAAGAAGAUGUAAAAAAUAGUCUUACUUUUCCUCAGUGCCACAGUUAGUUAGCAAAAAGUGUAUAAUAUUGAAACUAACGAAAUCAUGUUCAAUUAAUUUUUUCAUUCGUUUGAAGAAAUGAAAUUUUAGUAAACGUGUAUAUUGUUGUUUAUAAAUACGUAUAUAUAUUAUAAUAUAUAUUUGCUCAUCAAUAUUAACAGGUUUAAGAUUGAAAUAUCGUCGUUUCUUUUUCGUUUUGUUAUGAUUUCUAAUAAUUCAGUUUUUUAAAAUAUCGUUUUCUUUAAAAAAAAAAAAAAUAAUCAGAAGGUUGAGAGUCUUACGUUUCUGUAAAUUCACGCACGAAACUUGUUCGAAUAAAAAAUAAUUAUAAUAAACGUAGAUAAUACUUCACUUGUAUACCACUUGAUAUUAACUCUAUUGGAAAGAAAAACAUAUAUAAACUUUGAAAUGUCGAAAAAUUAUCUGUAAUUGUUGAAAGUUUUCUUUAAGUAACUUUCAAUCUUUAUAUAAUAAUAAGAAACUGAAUUGAAGGAGUCUAAUUUAUAUUUAUUUAUAUUUACGUACACACAUAUGUUAUUGUUUUAUGAUUUUCAAAAAAUCAUUGUAAAUAAUAAAAUAUAAUCCUGCAAUAAAGAUAAAUAAAGUACUGUUUUUUAAUUUAAACUUAAAAAGUGCAAUAAAGUACAAGUGACGUACAUAGGAACUAUUAAUUAGCAACACUCAAAUUACGUCACAUUUUCUAAUACUUGCAAUAAAUAUAUGUACGUUAAUGAUAUCAAUAAAUAAUCAUAAAUA